UCAGGGGGGGCGGGGUGCACAAACGCUACAUCCGUAGUGAGGCGGAACUGGCCUCCCUCUGCUUCCGCGGCGGGGCCGGAAGUAGAAGCGGCGGUGGCUGAGGCCCAAAGCAGAGGGAAGUGGAGAAUCGGAGAGACCCAGCCCGAGUCUCAGUUGCGGAGACCCCUGUGCGGUGCGGAGGGGGCGGCGGCCCCGACUCUGACCCGCGCCGGGGGGGGGGUGGGCCAUGGCGGAGAUCAGCGAUCUAGACCGGCAGAUCGAGCAACUGCGGCGCUGCGAGCUCAUCAAGGAGAGCGAAGUCAAGGCCCUGUGCGCGAAGGCCAGAGAGAUCUUGGUAGAGGAGAGCAACGUGCAGAGGGUGGAUUCGCCAGUCACAGUAUGCGGUGACAUCCAUGGACAAUUCUAUGACCUCAAGGAGCUGUUCAGAGUAGGUGGCGAUGUCCCUGAGACCAACUACCUCUUUAUGGGAGACUUUGUGGACCGUGGUUUCUACAGUGUUGAAACCUUCCUCCUGCUGCUGGCACUUAAGGUUCGUUAUCCUGAUCGUAUCACCUUGAUCCGGGGCAACCAUGAGAGCCGCCAGAUCACCCAAGUCUAUGGCUUCUAUGACGAGUGCCUGCGAAAAUAUGGCUCGGUGACUGUAUGGCGCUACUGCACUGAGAUCUUUGACUACCUCAGCCUGUCUGCCAUCAUUGAUGGCAAGAUCUUCUGUGUGCAUGGGGGCCUUUCCCCCUCCAUCCAGACCCUGGACCAGAUCCGGACGAUUGACCGAAAGCAAGAGGUGCCCCACGAUGGGCCCAUGUGUGACCUCCUGUGGUCUGACCCUGAAGACACAACAGGCUGGGGUGUGAGCCCCCGUGGGGCCGGUUACCUAUUUGGCAGUGAUGUGGUGGCCCAGUUCAAUGCAGCCAAUGACAUUGACAUGAUCUGCCGUGCCCACCAACUGGUGAUGGAAGGUUACAAGUGGCACUUCAAUGAGACUGUGCUCACUGUGUGGUCAGCACCAAAUUACUGCUACCGCUGUGGGAAUGUGGCAGCUAUCUUGGAGCUGGAUGAGCAUCUCCAGAAAGAUUUCAUCAUCUUCGAAGCUGCACCCCAAGAGACACGAGGCAUCCCCUCCAAAAAGCCAGUGGCCGACUACUUCCUGUGACCCCUGUGGCUCUAGCCCCUCUGGCUCUCGGACCACUGUGACUGCCCUCUCCCCAGUCCGAGGCUGGGUGUGGAGGGGCUGCCCCAGCUCUGCUUGCCCCAGGGUGCGGACUUGCUCUGGAGAGGUGGGAGCCUUAGCUCCAGGCCUCCUCUCCUUUCUCCACACUUGAUCCAUGAAGUUUCCAGUCAUUUUUUUGUUUUCCUUUUUCUCCUUUUUUUUCAGUUUGUUUUUAGAUAAAAUGUUUUGAGAAAAAAAAGAAAAAUUAUAAUAAAAGAAGAAAAAUGGUC